AUGGUAGAGUUUGCCAUUAACAACUCGGUGCAUGCUUCCACGACACAUACACCGUUUUACGUGAAUGGCUUGCGCCAUCCGUGUGUACCCACCUUACUGGAGUGUAACUCUGGUUUAAGGGGGGGAGAGACUCGCGCGAGCGAAAACCGAUUUGGCUCACGCUCAACACGCUCUGACGAAGAGGUCAUUGCGUUUGAUGCCGAUAUCGAUAACAUCGAUAUCGAAGAAGAUGAUGCCAGUGAGAGCGCGGAAGCCCUCACUGAAGAAAAGGUUGAUAUCGCUGCAGUGCACUCACAGCGCACUGAAGACAACACGAUAUCGAAGAAGAUGAUGUCAGUGAGAGCGCGGAAGCCCUCACUGAAGAAAAGAUUGAUAUCGCUGCAGUGCACUCACAGCGCACUGAAGCUAACGAGUCAUCAGAUGAAUUCAUACUGGCUCGUGAAACGGUAG